CAUGUUUUCAAUUGGACUGAAUCAAACAAAGAAUCGAAUCGCGAGGAUAUUUCGAAAACGAAACAAAACACGAUGACAUCUGAAAAAUCAGUUUAAAGGACUGAAUCUUCACAUUUUUGAUGCUGAAGGACUAAACGUGGCCAUAUAUUACUAUUCAUGGACGAAAAGUACAAAACAUCUGUAACACCUUGACCAAAGGGCAAAGCUUGAUAUCGUGUGGGAAGGUUGCGUGGCCUUCUUUUGCUACCCUAUUAUCGUAUACUCAACAGUCAACAGAGCAGGUUGCCACAAGCUACUACGGCGAUGGCGAUGCUCACCCGCCCCAAUAUCACGGCCUUGUGUGCCUACGGUACCCAUCUCUUCAGAUGCCACAGUCUGCGCCAUUUCAAGUCUCAAGCUCGUGUUCGCCUAAUUGUUCCAGUGGAGAAGUUAGGUCGUCAACAGCUUAUCAUGCCCAAGCUUCACAUGGUGGGUCGUCGGAGCAUCAGUACCCGGGUUACAUCUCCCUCAAACGCUUCUGGACCUAUCGAUUCGCCAUUGAUGCAGUCGAUGCAGAACAAGAUUAAAGAAGAAUUGAAUGCGGAGUUAGUAACAGUUAAUGAUGCUUAUGGUGAUGGGCGGCAUGUUAGCAUUGAUGUUGUGUCUUCAGCUUUUGAGGGAAAGUCUGCUGUGAAUAGACAGCGGAUGGUAUACAAAGCCAUAUGGGAGGAACUUCAAAACGUUGUGCAUGCAGUUGACCAAAUGACAACCAAGACCCCUGAGGAAGCAGCAUCAGGGAAAUGAAGUCUUCUUGGGAAUCUUUUUAUAUGAAUCAUCUUAUACAUCUGCUCUGCUAAAAUUCACUUUUAUUUGCAACUUUUGUAAUCAUUGGGUGAUAUAAUGGUAGAAUCUUUUCAACAUUCUUCACUGUUUUAUUUUUUAAUACUAUGGAAGUAGCUUAACUGUUAUGUUCUUGUUGCAUGGAAAUAAAGGAAAUGGAAUCAAAUGAGAAGAA